AUGUCUGACGAAGAUACGCAAGCCUUCUAUCAGUUUGGUAGUAGCAAGACGAACAACAACACCAACAGCAACGUAAAUAACAAAUUAUCAGCUUUGCAAACAAAUACGUAUCUUCCUCUUCCAAAUGGCCACGGAUGGACAUCACCUGUUCCGAGUAGACUUAGUUCUCGACAACAAAUGAACAUGGAGGUUUUAAAAAGAAAAGACAAAUAUAUUAUGACAAUUCACACAGUAUAUGAUCAUGUAGUGUUAUACAAGUACAACAAAUCGGAAUGGGAAAAACUUGACGUGGAAGGGGCAAUGUUCAUCGUAGAAAGAAACGAACCCAAAUCACCGAAAUAUCGCAUUGUUGUAAUGAAUAGAAAGAGUGCUACUGAUUUUCAUCAAGAUAUCACCAAAGAUUUAGAGCUAGAAGUGCAUCAUCCCUUUGUAUUUUAUAAGACGAAAAACAUGAUACGCGGAAUAUGGUUCUACAAACCUCUGCAAUGUAUCGAAUUUAAUGAUUUAAUUGUUUCUUUCAAGGAGGAAGCUUAUGGAAAGACCAAGGAAAACAAAGCUCCACCGAAAUAUAAUCAGAACUUGGGAGACAAUGGCCAAGGAUCGUCGGGUUCGUUACAAAGAAGCACGUCACCUUUUGUGGAUACAUCAACUUCACCAGGUGAUGGAGAGGCCUCGAUUAUUCUGAAAAGUAUGCUCGGAAUUGGUAAUGGCAAUGGGUCAUCAUCAACUAAUAACCACCAUGAUCACUCAAAGUACGGUGCAUCGUUUGUUGAUGAGUCUUUGGUGGCGAGAGAAGAAUCUGGUCAAAUAAUACCUGAUGAAUAUGCCAACAGCCUGGCAGAAAGCGCUGCUGAACACUUUGAGAACAAACAGUUUUUAUCGAAGGAACUUUUCAUCAACAGCCUCAUUUUCCAUCUCGCUGAAAGCAGAAAAUUUCAGGACCUUUGCUAUGAACAAUAUUGCCAAGUCAUCAAUAAAGCUUCAUCAAAGCAUCGCUAG